AUGCCAAGCCCUGCUGAUAAGGAACGGCCGUUUGUUGUCCGCAACGCCGGAAGGGAAAGCUCACGAAAAUCUCAUCCGCCGCCAGUUGUCUCCGAAGCGUCAUUCCACACUAGCCCCGUCGAUGCGAUGUUGUAUGAAUUGAUUGCCGUUGUCCGCCCAGGCAGCCUCAACGAGGUCCGGGAAAUCGCCCGUAAUGCCGGCAUUCAGGUCCUCCGAUCAGGCGGCGUAGUCCGUGGAUACACCAACUGGGGUACCUUCCGACUACCCAAGCCUACCACCAAGCAUCAGGCUCGUUACACAGAUGGUCAUCACUUCAUCAUGCGCUUCGAUGCUUCAGGUCCCGUUCAGUCGGCUGUCCGGAGAACCCUCGGUCUCGACCCCCGGAUGAUCCGUUUCUCGGUGGUGAAGCUGGGCGACAAGCUCGAGGACAUCAAGGACGUGGAGGGCAAGGUUGAAUGGACCAAUGUUCGCAAAAUUGCCGAUUCGAUCUGA